AUGGCGGGCCUCGCCGCGGUGGCCAGUGCCAAGGUCGUCGAGCGCCGAGGAUACAAUGGAACGUUGACGACAUUGACCGUUAUGGACACCACGACGUACACGAUCACCAGCUGCGCACCAGAAGUGACCGACUGCCCGUCGCGCCCAGAGAGCCAGAGCGUGGUCACCGUUACCGACACUGUCUCAGUUGCCACGACUGUCUGCCCAAUUGAGCAGGCCAGCUCUGCUCACUCCGCCAUCCUGUCCAGCUACUCUGCGACAGCAUCUUCGCCUGUCGCACCUGUCGCAUACUCGAGCACCAGCUUCAGCUUUGCACCAAGCACGACCAGCGCCUCAAGCAGCGCCAGUUCUACUGCAUCGAGCUCCAGCAGCAACUCCUCGCCAGUGGCACCAGUCUCUGGCUCUUCCUCCAGCUCUGCCCCGGCGCCGUCUGGUUAUGCCAGCCCGACUGGAUCUUACUCCGCCACGAUCCCAUACACUUCAUCUGCUUACUCGUUCGCGCCCACUGGCUAUUCCGCAUCCAGCGCGAGCCCCGUCUCGUCCAGCGCUUCUUCCAGCUCUGCCUCCUCCACCUCAUCGUCCAGCUACUCAUCUGGUUCGUCUCCGGUCGCUCCCGUCGGCACUGGUCCUUCUUCCAGCGCAGGAAACGUCCCAUCUGGCUACGGUGCACACCCAUGGGGACCAACCAGCACCAGCUCUGGUAGCAGCCCAGUUGCACCUUACCCGAUCAGCAGCUCUACCGCCACCUCUGCUUCUACUAUUGUCAGCAACACCACCUUGACAUACACUCUUGGUUCCGGCACGAGUGCGUCCGUUGUUACCACCACGCUCCACUCCACCUCGACCAAGUACCUCACCUCGACCAUCUACAUGACCCGUGCCUCGUCCAGCGCAUCUGUCGCUGGCCCAACUGGUGGCGCGUCUGCUUCUGGCUCUGCUUCUGCUGGUGCCUCGACCAACACCCAGACCAUCCACUCCACUUCGACUGUGACCAACUACAUUACUGUCUUCCCAGUCUCCAGCGGCACUGGCUCUGGCGCUGCUUCUGCGACUGGCGCAUACGGUGCUAGCAAUGCUCUCUAUCCAUCUGGGAGUGCUGGUUCCGGAUCUGGCUGCGCUCCUGGCUCCACCGUCACCAUCACCGAAAAGGAGACCAUUACCGUCACUGCUGGCACAUCCUCCACUGGCGCUGUCGUGUCGCCCAUCCAGUCGAGCUCUGCCCCAUACUACCCAACUGGCGGCCCAGCCUCCAACAGCGGCUCGGCAUCCAGCACCUGCCUAAGCACCGGCUUCGUGACAAUCCACAAGCCCAAGCCUACUGGUGCCUCCGCAUCAGCAUCGUCCAGCUCAUCGACCUCGGUCGUCGCACCAGUCAGCGCUUCCAGCUCCUCAUCCAGCGUGAGCGCCUCAUCGAGCGCCACCGGCACUCUGCCCGCCUGGUCCAAGCCCUCCAGCUACUGGAUGUAA